AUGCCCCGCAAACGCUCCUACUUCGACGGUCCUGGCCGCAUACUCGGCACUGGAGAACUCGUCGAGCCAAAACGCAACGUGAGAAAGGUGCGCGACGCGGAGUACAUCCCACCGAAAGACACCGAGUCCAAUACGGAGAAUGGAAACCAUGUAGGCGACGUCAAAGGCCGUACCGAGGACGGGGAAUGGACGCCUAAGGGAAAGAAGAUGAAGACGAAUCAAGGCGAGACCAAGAGAGACAAAAUCGACAAAUCGGCGAACAAAGAUGCUGGCGAUGAGAAGGAGCAGUGUAUUUUGAAGGAGCCGAACGAUAACGAUGCCGCGUUUGCGGAGGGCCAGGACGGAGGAGAACGUCACGAGUGCAGCUGCUCUAUUUGCAAGAAGUGCAGGGGUGAGAAGGAGGACUAA